AUGAGUCCUUUAAUUGAUUUCAUGAGAAGCGGGACGACUCGGUUCUUGCUAACCGUAAUUCCUCAUUUUAGAAAGAUAUUGCUAUCAGCCUUUGAAUGUCCACAUUGUGGUGAGAGGAAUAAUUUUGUUCAAUUUGCCGGUGAAAUACAGCCUAAAGGCUGCCACUACGUACUGGAUGUUCCAUCAGGUGAUAAAAAGAUGUUCAAUCGUCAAGUGGUGAAAUCAGAGACUGCCACAAUCAAGAUCCCUGAAUUGGAAUUUGAGAUUCCUCCAGAGGCUCAGCGUGGUUCCUUGUCAACGGUAGAAGGGAUACUGGUCAGAGCUAUAGAGGGGUUGGAGACCCUUCAGGAAGAGCGGAAGAGAGUCGAUCCUGUGACAGCUGAAGCAAUCGAUAGGUUCUUAGUGAAACUGAGAACUUGUGCAUCCGGCGAGUCGCAUUUUACCUUCACCCUCGACGAUCCUGCAGGAAACAGCUUUAUUGAGAAUCCGUGCGCUCCGUCUUCUGAUCCACAUUUGACUAUCAAGUUCUAUGAGCGAACGCCUGAACAACAAGCGGCCUUAGGGUAUGUUGCAGACCCGUCAGAACGAGAACCCGGUGUUGAAAAUAACUUAGACAGCUCAAACAGUGUUUCUGUAACACAAGAGGAACCACAUGGCUCGGUUGGAGCAAUAGGCGGCCGCCGAGCUAUUGCACAGGGUAAUAGUGCAGAAAUAGCAGAUGCUUUAUUUCGGUAUUCAGCCCCUGAAGAGGUCAUGACUUUUCCUACCACUUGUGGUGCUUGUGCCGCGAGCUGUGAGUGUCGCAUGUUUAUGACGAAUAUCCCUUACUUCCAAGAAGUGAUUGUUAUGGCUUCCACAUGUGAUGGCUGUGGAUACCGUAACUCGGAGGUCAAGCCUGGUGGUGCUAUACCCGAUAAAGGGAAAAAGAUAGUUGUUCUUGUGAAGAACGCCAGAGAUCUUAGUCGCGAUGUGAUAAAGUCGGAUACGGCCUCCGUUGUAAUACCAGAGCUCGAGCUGGAACUUUCUAGUGGCACAUUGGGCGGACUCGUCACAACUGUCGAAGGCUUGAUAUCCAAGAUCGGUGAAAGCCUUGCGAGAGUGCACGGGUUCACUUUUGGUGAUAGUAUGGAUGAUGACAAACGGAGCAAGUGGAAAGAAUUCCAGGCCAAAAUCGAGCAGCUGAAAAGGUUGGAAGAGCCUUGGACUUUGAUUCUCGACGACGCACUGUCCAAUUCUUUCAUCGCCCCUGCGACCGAUGAAAUGAAGGACGACGCCCAGUUAUCAUUCGAGGAGUACGAGAGGUCGUGGGAGCAGAACGAGGAGCUCGGUCUCAACGACAUGGAUACGUCUGCUGGAGACGCUGCUUACGAGUCUGCUGAUGUUGAGCCAAAUGAGAAGGCAAAUGAUGCAUGAUUGCUCUUUGCUUGUACCAAAUUUUGUUAUUUAUAGUAUUUUUUUGUAACUUAUAUUUGUUGGUUUUGUCUGAGUUUUGAUUUGGUAUAUCACAUUAGUACAUUUGUUACCUUGUAACAUCAAUGUUUUGAUCUUUACUAUAGUUAUGCGACUUAUGUCCCUUUUUAGUUA